AUGAAUGUAAUUGACGAUCAGGCUAUCGAUAAACACAAAGUGUUUGUACGAAAUAUCAAAGAAAGUGAUGUACCUUUAAUAACAAAAGAGUUUGAAAGAAUAUGUAAUAAGCAUUUUUUUUUUUCUAACAAUAGUUACACCUCGAAAAAUGCUAUAUGUCAUUUUAAAAGUGCAAAGGAUGCAGAAGAUUUUAUAUCUAAAUAUAAUAAUAUAAAAUUAUGUAAUAGUUAUAUAAAAAGUGAAUAUGCGUUAAAGAAAAAAUAUGAAGAUAAAAAAUUAAUAUCCAUUGUAUAUAAUCGGAAAAAAAUUAAAUAUGAUAAUUCACUUAAAAUAUAUACAGAUUGUAAUGUAGAUAAUAUUGUAAUAUUAAAUUUUUUAAAAACUCUUUAUGUUAAUAAUACAAAUUUAAUAUAUCCAUUAGUAGAACAGUAUACUAAAUCUGAAUCUAAUAGUAAUGUAUAUAAUAAUAUAAAUAGUAGUACUUAUAAAAAUAAUGAUAAAAUAGGGGAUAAUAAUAAUUCCAACAAAUUUAUUGAUGACAUUGAAAUUGUUUCAGAUAAAAAAAAUAUAAAAUUUGAAGAUAUUAUUAUAAAUAUAGAAAAAGAAAUGAAACAUUCCAGAAACAAUGAAAAAAAUAAAAAUAAUAAUACACGUUUGAUAGACAAAAAUGCUUCUAAGAAAAUAAAAAUUGUGUAUGUUAUUGAAUUUCUUAAUAUAAAAAUUGCUAAGAUGUUUUUUACAUUAAUAAACAAAACGGUAUUUCAAAAUUUUCUAAAAGAUCAAAAUGUAAAAAAUACACAUGAUAAAAAUAAUAACAACAACAACAAUAAUAAUAAUAACAAAAACAACAACAAUAAUAAUAAUAACAAAAACAACAACAAUAAUAAUAAUAAUGAUAAUAUAUAUUUUAGAUACUUUUUUCAUGAAUUAUGUCAAACAAAAAAAAACGAUAAAAAAGUUAUUCUUCAAAAUCUAAGUAGAUCUUGUCAUGUAGAAAAUAUACAGAAAUUAUUUAAACAUAUAGAACCAAAUGCUAAAAUAUUUUUCCCAAAGAAAAAUAAUAAAAAACAAGGCUAUGCCAUAGUCUCUUUUGCUUCAUUAUAUAAUGCACAAAAAGCUUUACAACUAAACAAAACAAAAUUAUGUGGGAAUAUAAUAACCAUCCAAACGAUAAACAAUAAUAAUGAUAAAAGUAUUGGGAAGGAGGAAGAACAUAAUAAGUAUAUUAAGGAAAAUGAGGUCAAUGUAAAAAGGGAACACGAAGAGGAAAAAUAUAGCAAAUAUGCAAUAAAAAAUAAAAAUGAUGAUAAUGAAGGUGAUGAUAAUGAAGGUGAUGAUGAUGAAGGUGAUGAUGAUAAUGAAGGUGAUGAUGAUAAUGAAGGUGAUGAUGAUGAAGGUGAUGAUGAUGAAGGUGAUGAUGAUGAAGGUGAUGACGAUAAUGAAGGUGAUGACGAUAAUGAAGGUGAUGACGAUAAUGAAGGUGAUGACGAUAAUGAAGGUGAUGAUAAUAAUGACGAUAGUGAUAAUAAUGACGAUAGUGAUAAUAAUGACGAUAGUGAUAAUAAUGACCAUAGUGAUAAUAAUGACCAUAGUGAUUAUAAUGAUGAUAAUGGUUUAGAUAAAAGUUUUGAAAAAAUCAAUAAUUUUCAAAAAAAAAAUAAUGAUGAUAUUAUAAGACCAAAUGAUGAGAAACAAAAAAAAAAAAAAAACCUGAACGAUGUUGAAGAAGGAAAAACUUUAUUUAUUACGAACAUUCCUCCAGAAACUACAGAUGAUGAAAUUAGAAACUAUAUUAUAAAUAAUAUAAAUAAAGAUUAUAUAUAUAUAAAAACAUGUCAGAGUAAUAAUAAAAAUCUAUCAGUCUUUGUCAAAUUAAAAUAUAAACAGGAUGCUGAUACUUUUCUAAAGAAAAUUGGAGAAUAUGAAUAUGAUGAAAAUAAUGAUGAAAAUGAUAAUACAAAUAAUGAUGAAAAUAAUAAUGAUAAUUCAAUUAGUGAUGAUGAAGAAAAUAUUAUUGACAAAUUUUACAAGAACAAGAAAAAUAAGAAAGAAAAAAUGAAAAAAAUUUUAUUAAAAGAAAAUAAAAAUAAGCACAAUAUAAAUUCAGAAAUUCUCUUUUUUAAAAAUACUUAUUUAAUGAUUAAAAGAGCAGUGAAUAGAGAUUUAAUCAAAGAAAAAAGAAAAAAUUAUAUAAAAUCAACAGAUCAAGAAAACGAAAACAAUUUAAAAAAAAAAACAAAACAAAAUAAUAUACACCUAAUUAAUGAUAAUAAUGUAAAUAAUGAAAACUUAAGUGAAAAUAUUAUUAAAAGAAAUAAUAAUUUAAUGGAGAAAAAAAAAGAACUUUUGAAAAAUAAAAAUUUCUUUAUAAAUCCAUGUAGAAUAUACAUAAGAAACUAUCCAGCCGUGUUAGAACAAAAUACAUUUAGACAACUUAUAACCAAAUAUUUUACACCUAUAAUUAUGAAGAAAUAUAAUAUGAAAAAAAAAGAGGCCUUUAAAAAAGCUUCACAAAUAAUUAAAAAAAUUAAAAUAAUCAAAGACACUGAUACAACAAAUUCAAAGGAUUUAAAUCUUUCAAAGGAAAAAUCGUCCAAAUUAAAAAAUAAAAAUAUAAUACUCAAUACAAACAGUAACAACAAUAAUGUAGCUAGUAAAAAUGUUAAAAAUUAUAUAUGUUUUGUAGAUAUUAAUAAACAUGAAAACGCAAAAAAAAUGAUACAACUAUUACAAAAUAAAAAUAUAUAUGAACUAAUCAAUGAAAUUAUUUAUAAAAAAAAGUUUCAAACUAUUAAAAAAAACAAAAAUAUAAUUUAUGUAGAUUAUUGUAUUGAAGAUAUAAGAAUGAUACAUAUAAAAAAAAUAAAAGAAGAAAAAUUCUUAAAUCAUGUAAAACAACAAAAUCUAGACAAAAAUAUAAAUAAUAAAAUUAUUGAUAAGAAAAAAAAAAAUAAAAAAAAAAAUAAAGUAAGUAGAGGUAAAAGACAGAGAGAAAAAAAAAGAUUAUUAAAAAUGAAAAAUGAAUGUACUAAUAUAUUAAAUGUAAUCAACAACGCUACAUUGACGAAACAAAUAAUUAAUCAAGAGAAUAAUACGAAAAAUGAGAUAACAGAUAAAAAGGAUAAAGAUAAACAUACCAAGCUGAAGAAAUUAAACAAAACUAAUAAGUCCAUAGAUGAAAAAAAAGAAAACAAAACAAAAAAAAAUGUCAUAAAUAAGAAAAAGCCCGAUAAACAAAAGGAAGCUAAAGCAAAAAAGAAAACUAAAAAGGAUGAUGUGAAAUUAAUUAGGAAGGAUGUAUUAAAUUUUCUUAAUAAGAUCAAUAAAUAG